AUGCCUCCCAGAUCGGGCUCACCUGCCCAUUCAGAGAACGAAUUUGACAUCGGCAGCGCACUUUUCGGAGAUGAUUUUGAAACCAAGCAAAGCGCCGAUGUACGAAAUGGGGGUCUACACAGGAACGACCUGGAUGUCAUGGCUGAAGACUCCGAGGUCGAUGAAGAGGCUAUCAUCGCCGCUCAACAAGCCGCAUCGAAUCGCAAAGGUGCCAACCUGAAAGGGCGUACCGUGAAAAAAGGUGGUGGCUUUCAAGCCAUGGGUCUCAAUGCCAAUUUGCUGAAAGCUAUAACGAGGAAGGGAUUCUCUGUACCUACACCCAUUCAGCGCAAGACAAUACCCCUCCUACUCGGCGAAAAAGACGUGGUGGGUAUGGCGAGGACCGGAUCUGGCAAGACCGCUGCCUUUGUCAUUCCCAUGAUAGAGAAGCUCAAGGUACAUAGCACAAAAGUCGGAGCCAGAGCGCUGAUUCUGGCGCCCUCGAGGGAGUUGGCUCUGCAGACAUUACAAGUGGUUAAGGAGCUAGGCAGGGGCACGGAUCUCCGGUCGAUCCUCCUCGUGGGAGGUGACAGCCUGGAGGACCAGUUCUCUGCCAUGUCAAACAACCCAGAUAUCAUCAUUGCCACCCCGGGCAGGUUCCUCCAUCUCAAGGUCGAAAUGAAUCUGGAUCUCCUGAGUAUCAGAUAUGUCGUCUUUGACGAGGCUGAUAGACUCUUCGAAAUGGGCUUUGCAGCCCAACUAACAGAGAUUCUUCACGCCUUACCUGCAUCACGACAAACCCUGCUGUUUUCUGCUACGCUGCCAAAGUCACUGGUCGAGUUCGCGAGAGCAGGGCUACAGGAACCGAUGUUGGUCAGGCUCGAUGCAGACAGCAAGAUAUCUCCGGAUCUACAAAGCACCUUCUUCACGUUGAAGUCAUCUGAGAAAGAAGGGGCAUUACUUCAUAUCCUCCAAGACAUCAUCAAAAUGCCAACCAGGUCCCAAUUGAUCACGUCAACCACGAGUUCUGCGACAACAGACAAGGCAAACAGCAAGAAGAGGAAACGGCAGGAAACGGAAGAAAACACCGGCAAUUCAUUCGGUCCCAACCCAUUCUCAACUAUAGUCUUCACUGCCACGAAGCACCACGUUGAAUACAUAGCAAGUCUACUCCGUCUGGCCGGCUACGCUGUCUCCUACGUCUAUGGCUCGCUCGACCAAACUGCCAGAAAAUCUCAAGUCCAGGCUUUUCGGACCGGUCAGACAAACAUCCUUGUCGUCACAGAUGUCGCAGCCCGGGGGAUCGAUAUUCCGGUGCUUGCAAAUGUAAUCAACUACGAUUUCCCCUCGCAGCCAAAGAUAUUUGUCCAUCGUGUGGGACGGACUGCCCGAGCGGGUCAGAGGGGCUGGAGUUAUAGUCUUGUCAGAGACGCUGAUGCGCCAUAUCUACUCGAUCUGCAACUUUUCCUCGGUCGGAAAUUGGUCCUAGGUCGAGCACCAAACAGCGACCUGGUCAACUUCGCACAAGAUGUCGUGGUGGGUAGUUUUCGACGGGAAGCAAUCCAGACGAGCUGCGAAUGGGUUACAAAAUCACUUGAAAGCGAUUCCGAUCUUUCGGCUCUCCGAAAUGUGGCGUCAAAAGGCGAGAAACUAUAUCAGCGAACAAGGAACUCGGCCUCCUCGGAGAGUGCGAAGAGAUCAAAACAACUUGUAUCGUCCCCAACUUGGUUAGAAUUGCACGCUUUGUUCAAUGAUGAGACAGAUGACAUGGAAGUUGAGAGAGAAAAAAUGCUUGCACGAGUGGGAGGGUUCCGACCACAAGAAUCUAUUUUUGAAAUUGGAGCCCGGCGUGGCGGGCGAAAGAACAACGAGGAUGCGGUGGAUGCGAUACGCAAGAUCCGGUUUGGUUUUGAGAGUAGGAAACAGAAAAGCGCAGAUGCCUCCCAAGCGCUGAGAGAAGCUGGUGAUGACGAUGCCGUUGCCCAACCCUACAGCCCAGAAGAAGACGAGGCUGAACCAGGUUCCAUUGAUGGCAACAACGAUAUCGAUGCUAUGUCCGAGGCCUCUUUAAGUGAUCUGGAAAUCACUUUUUCUCAACCAUACUCUAAGAAAUCUCAAACACCAAAGUCAUCAAAGCCCGGAUUGCGCAGCGCCGAGGGGGACUUUCGCGACCCCGAGAACUUCAUGUCUUACCACCCCACUGCUCAUGAUCUUACUUCCGACCGCGCCUACGGCGUCCACUCCGGCUCCAACACCAAUGCGAGCUCCAGCUUUGUGGAAUCUGCACGUACGGCGACGAUGGAUCUCGGUGCGGAUGAAUCGUCCAAGACCUUUGGCGAGAACAGAGCGAUCAUGCGAUGGGACAAGAGGCAUAAAAAGUACGUGAGACGCGACAAUGACGAGGAUGGAUCCAAGACAGGCAAGAGGCUUGUCAGGGGAGAAUCUGGGGCGAAAAUUGCCGCGAGUUUUAGAAGCGGGCGUUUUGAACGAUGGAUGAAGGCCAACCGAGUGAACAGGCCUGGCAGAGUAGGGGAGGAGGAGAAAUCAACCUCGGGCGUGAACGCGAAUGGACUGGGUGUUGCCGGUGGUGGAAAGGGAAAGAAAUUCCAGCAUAAAUCGCAGAGGACACCGAAACAGCCGGAUAAAUUGAGAGGGGACUAUGAGAAACAAGUGAAAAAGGUCAAGGGUGCGAAGGAGAGAGAAGAACAAGCGGGCGGUAAGAAUGCCAAAGGAGGGGAGCUUAGAAACGUCGAUCGCAUGGUCAAAGAGAGGCGAUUGAAGGAGAAAAGGAGAGAGAAGAAUGCACGGCCACGACGAAGAAAGGCAUAG